UUACCGAAAUACACAAGAGACCAGAUUUGUUGAUUUCCUUCUCUAAAAAAGGGAGAAAGCAACCUUUUCUGUCUUAUUCUUGUUUGAGUUUUCAAAGCAAUAAGCAGUUGAUAGCAGCCGAUAAAAGUUAGCGCUGCGUUUACGUUUCGCGUGAGCGCUAUGCUAUUGGGAAGCAAUGUUAUUCGACUUUGAUAAGGAUGUCCAGCCGAACGCUUAGUGGAAAUUGUAAUCAUUCGGAGCUGCUGACAAGCUGAGCAGCUGUAAAUGUGCUUUGUAUGUAUAAAGGCCGAUAAUUCUAUCAGCUGCCUCGUGCUUUUGCAGAAUGUUCGAAUGAAUUCAAAACUGGGAUUACCGUACUAGAGGACUUAAUUAUUUGGAAACAUAAAAGGUACCAUCCAGGGUAAAAAUGAAAUCAUCCGUAUUGUACACCCUGAUAUCUCUGUCCGGCAUGGUCUUCGGUGCUGAAAUCGUCGCCAGUCACAUCACUCAGUCAAUAGUCCUUCUCUUAAGCGCCUAUCACAUGUUGUACAACAUUUUAUCUCUGCUGCUGCUCGUUAUCAGCCAUCGGAUGUCCAAAGGCAAAACUUUAAAGAACACUUUCGGUUGGGCUCGAGUGAAAGUCUUGGGACUUCUUGUUAACAUGCUGUUUCUUGGAGCACUGUGCUUCGCUGCAUCUGUAUCGGCUGUGCAGACGAUGGUCCAUGCUUCACACGAGGACACCACGCCCAUGUAUCCUAUGCUUAUGGUGAUUCUGGGAAUCAUCAAUUUCUCCCUUAACAUACUUUGCUUUUUAUUGAUUGGAGGUUACACUCAUCAUCAAGGUUGCUCCAUGAUCAUUCAAGGAGACGAUGUGCAAAUGAACUGUGUCCUUGCCGAAGCUGGUGAGAAUCCGAAACACUGCGUUGGCAAAAUUCCAUCCACUGGGAGUAUUGACACUUCUUUGAGCACAACUUCUCGAUGGUGCAAUGAUCAUCAAAUCCUGGACGUUUUACGGGAUGUUUCGUCCUGCCUAACUGUCAUUGCCUGUGGCAGCGUCAUUUUGCUUCUGGAUGGGCUCAUAAUCAAAUACGCUGACGCCAUCCUGGCAUUUGCAUCUAUCAUCGUCUUGCUGAGCACGACUUAUCCUUUCGUUCGAGAAUCCGGAUUAAUUCUAUUACAAAGCAUUCCAAACCAUAUCGAUGUGAAUGGAUUAACCAAAAGAUUAACUGCAGAGUUUCCAGAUCUGCUGAACGUGCACGACCUACACGUAUGGAGGCUAACUACGUCAGAAGUGAUAGCGACCGUUCACAUCAUUUUGUCUUCAUCUGACAUCUAUCCGCGCAUCGAAGGCAGAUUGAAUCAGUUUUUCUUGAGAGAAGGCAUCAGUUCUGCUACUAUACAGCCGGAAUUCGCAAAUGGCUCAUGGUCAGAAAAAUCAAAACAGGAAUGCAUUCUUCAGUGUUCUGUGAACAACAACUGCGGUGCUUUUACCUGUUGCGGACCUAUUAGCGAUAAGUCCAAGCAAAACAGCACAAGAUGUCGCAUUUCAUCAGCUCGCAAAAUUAAUGAUCAAAAGGUGGAACCACUUGCACUGGACAAUAAUAUUCCCGAACAAAAUAUGGUUCCCCAAUAUGAUUUCAAUCAAUUAAACACUGCCACAGAAACGACGCUAUGAACAUGACAUCCUUGUGAAAACUAAGUCAACGUUUAUUACUAUUUGCUCAACAUGGCGUGUUUAUGAAACAAACCAAUGUCAGUUCUAGCCUAUGUAAUGAGUGUGUGUAUGUGUCUGUUUCAUUGAAUUUUUUUUUUUUUUUUUGCAUGUUAUUGAAAAAUUUAUUUUGAUUCUGAAAAUGUUGAUUAUGAAUGCAAUAAUAGUUUUAUAAAAUGUUCAAUGUAAAGUCAGUUUAGAUACUAUUGCAUUUUCAUGCAGCUAUGAGACAUAACAUAUUGAAUCAUAGUCAUACUCAACAUAAUGGUCUCUUUUUAUGUUUUUGUAUUUUUAUAUUGAUUGCUCAAGUGUGGAUGAUAUUCUAUUUUGUAAAUAAAUUUUAUAUAUAUAUAUAUA